UUUACUUAUUAUGAAUUUGUUGAAUAAAAGAGACAGACUCUCAAAGGCCAAAUGUCUCUCCUAACAAGAACUAAAAAAGGCAAAUGUCUCUUAUAACAAAAAAACAAGAGGGUGAACAAAAAUGUUUGUGAGACAAGAAUCAGAUUCUUAGCAUACCCAACAAUCAAUACAUAGUGUGACAAUAUAAUAAUAUAUAACUUUGAUACAAUCGAGUAGCUGCAGGGGAAUCGUUCUUUCCUUCACCUUGCAAACUUUCUAAUUUCGUCCGGUUCAAGCCACUGUUUCAUUACGAUCCUCCAUAUUAAUUCAAUCACUCUAUAAAAGUGGUGCAUAGAAACGUACACACUACCUAGCUCAUACAAUAACGAUUCUAAUUUACAUAGACAUAUAUACAUCAAAUCGAUUGAUUCUUUAUAUUGAAAUGGUGUUGAAUUGGGGACCAGUCUUAAUGUCGGUAUUUCUGUUCAUCGUAUUGACGCCUGGAGUAUUGUUUCAGCUUCCAGGGAAGACCAAAGUGGUUGAGUUUGGCGGCUUUCAAACAAGCGGCGCAGCCAUUGUCAUCCACACUCUUAUCUUCUUUGCGUGCAUUACAGUCUCUAUUAUCGCUCUUCAUAUCCACAUCUAUGUUGCCUAAUUAAUUUAACAUUUUAUUGUUUUCUUUCUUCCUCUCGUGAGCUGCUUGUAUCUCUUAACUUCUUAUAUUUUUUGUUAUUGUUUUUUUGGUAAGCUUUGAUUUAUGAUUACCAUUUAAGUACUUGUAUUGGAAUUACAAUAAAUCCUUUUUCUUUAUUGUUU